CCCGAUACUUCAGAUUCGUGCGAAACUUCACAUUUAUUUUUGUAUACAAAUAAUCAAUUUCCAAUUGUCAAGCAAAUCCUUACUCACACAUUAGCAUAUCUUAAAACGUCCAGGUCAAAUUUUUGUCACAAGCAUGAGUACCUGUUUGGAACGGUUUUUUUGCCCAAAUAAACCAGUUUACAGCUCUGGCAGAAGGGCCACUUUCUAUUAUCCUGGCGGUGGGUCUUACUCUGGCUACUGGCUGUGCAACAAACAUCAGGGUUGGGGCGUCAAGAAGACCGCAAAGCGAACUUCGCAGUAUUUUUUUGGUAAGAAGCAUCCCGAGGGGCAGCUAGUCUACGAGGGUCACUGGCAUCAGGGCAGGAGGCAGGGAGUCGGAUCUAUGCUUCGCAAGCGAGGUACUGAUGUACAACUGAUAUAUUCUGGAAGGUGGUACGAUGACAUGAAAUGUGGAGAGGGCAAGCAAUUCUAUUCCGACGGGUGUGUCUACUUCGGAAAAUGGCUUAGAAACCGUCGACAUGGACUGGGUAUCCAGUGGUACAGUGAUGGCAGCAUAUAUGCGGGCGAGUGGGAGACAGAUUUCCGCCAUGGUCUGGGAGUCAUGUUCUACGCUAAUGGUAAUCGUUACGAGGGACACUUUGCGCGGGGAUAUAAAAAUGGUGAGGGAGUCUUCUAUCAUAUGCACACGGGUCAAAUCCAAAAAGGCAUGUGGGACAAUGAUAACGUGAAGACGUCGGUGAUGCAGGAUGACCCCGAUAUUCGAUGUAACGUGGCAGUAACUCCGUAUCCGAUUCCACGAAACUAUCUCAAAUACCCCAAUGAAAUAAUGCGAGAACUCUUUCAGAGAUACAAAGGUUUUAGCGAUAAGCCCCAUCGUAGGUUUAAUGACAAAGUCAGUCUUGACUUUAUACAUCAUCACCGGCAGUACGCCUCCGUCGAAGAGCGCUUCGCUUCGCCAACAAUUGUGGACCUAUAUCCCAGUUCUGAGUUCGCAUGUACUUGCGAUUGUGAACAAAUUGCGAGAAAUGAAACUAAUGUUAGUCAGAUAUAGUUUUUUAAAUGUUGGUUUCGCAAAAUAGAUUUAUAAAUUAGUCGGAAUACUGAGAAACAAAAUUAUGUGGUGAAAUUGUGCAACUUGUUGUUGGUGUUUCAUAUCAACCCUAGCCAGUCAGUAAGCGCUUUAUAUAAAUUGCUUAUUAUUUAUUAAAAGCAUAUUUCCUUGCCCUAUACAGUUGCUGAGAUGUCCUCUAAAUGCUAACAAAAUUCGCUACUUUAGAACUUUAAGCCGACGGAGUGAGGCUUUUCUCUAAUGGCAGCUAAAAUACCUGCGUAUCCCCAUCACCCCAAUCCCAUCCAGCAAAACGGACUUGCCACGCCCAAGACGAGUCACCCACCGACCAUCCCCAAAAGCGACACCCACGUUUUCUACUUAAUGAUAAAAGAAAGGACAUUAGCGAGCCUCGGCACAUCUCCACAUUUUGAGCGUCUUUCAAGUGAAAAGCAAAGAAUUAAAAAAAAUUAACAAAAAAGGUCGGAAAAGAAAGCAAUGGAAAAAAAGGAAGCAACAAAAAAUGGGGACGCGCACAAUGAAAGAAAAGAAAAAGAUUUCAAACCACCUCCCAAUGCAGGCUCUACGUAAGACUCCUCCUGCUAGCCCUCCAUUUAUCAAGUUCCUUUUAUUUUGUUGCGCGGGCGUAGUUAAAAAUUAAUAAAUGAAAUUAAUGCCGGCGACACUUUGCAAGGCAUUGGCCAGUAACGGAA